AUGGGGAACGACGCCGUUUUGAAGACCUGCCUCGUCGGAUUAGCGGCGGCGACCUUCUUAACAGCACUCUGCACUCACUCCUUGAGGAAAGCCGCCGCCACUUACUGGAUCGGAAUGCUCGCUAUCUGCGGCCUCCUUUUGCCUGACUGGACGUUCUUCGACCGUCCUGUUUCUCACUGGCGCACUGUCGUCGCCGAUCCUCCGCCUCCGAGGAGGUUGAGAUUAUACCCAGUCCGAGUGUUGAUAUAUGCCGCUGUGUACGGAUUUGGCUUGCACAAGUGGUGGAGCUUCGUUUCCAGCUAAGUAUAAAUCAAUCAAUGUUGUUCGAGCUGCUCCUAGCUUCUUCAAGCCUGAAGCAACCUAGCUACGCAAUACCUGCAGAUACUUACGCAUAUAUACAUAUUUAGAGAGAGAGAGGUGUUUGUGUUUGUGUGUCUCUUGUAACAGAAAAGAGUUUCCAUAGUCAUCAUCUCUACUUCGUUCCAAAAUUGUGUUCAUCUCUGUAUAUGUAACAUAAAAUAAAUAACAGUGUAGAUCUCAAAUUUCGCAUUGGGAUUUAUGAUGUAAGACA